UGGGAUCCCAGGCGCCCCGCGUCGGUUUCCGCCCGGCGCGUUUAGAGCGGCGCCCCGGGGACGCUGCGCCCGCGGACAAGAUGGAGCUGGUGCAGGUGCUGAAGCGCGGGCUGCAGCAGGUCAGCGGGCACGGCGGCCUCCGCGGCUACCUGCGCGUGUUCUUCAGGAUGAAUGAUGUGAGGGUCGGGACUUUGGUGGGAGAAGACAAAUAUGGAAACAAGUACUAUGAGGACAACAAGCAGUUUUUUGGCCGGCACCGAUGGGUUAUGUACACGACCGAAAUGAAUGGCAAAAACACAUUCUGGGAUGUGGACGGGAGCAUGGUACCCCCUGAGUGGCAUCGUUGGCUUCACUGUAUGACUGAUGAUCCUCCGACAACAAAGCCACCUACUGUCCGUAAAUUCAUCUGGACAAACCAUAAAUUCAACGUGAGCGGCACGCCAGAACAAUACGUCCCUUACUCCACCACUAGAAAGAAGAUCCACGAGUGGGUCCCACCGACAACACCUUACAAGUGAAGACAGUGGAAACAAUGUAGACAUGUAAAGUAUGGGACUCUCCGAGCACCUCUACAUUUCCUGCUGACUGUUAAUCUGAUUAAAAUGGUUAGAUUGUG